AUGGAUAUCAUGGACGAGAAGCUAACGGCCCCCGAUACAGUCUGCGGGGCGCCCCUUGGCCGAAGGGCAGCGGGCAGGAAGGAGCAGCAGGAGGAGAUUGUGGAAAAACGUCUACGGACUGCGCUGGACAAGGAGGUCCAGAAGACUGGUCCAGCCACCACCCGGAACCAGGCAUCACCUGAAACCUCCAGCAGCCCCAGUAGCGUCUACGAGAACUUUCGGCGCUGGCAACGAUUCAAGGCCCUGACCCGGAGGUACCUUCCUCAGACUCCGGACACUGAGGCUGUUUCCUGCUUCCUCAUCCCGGUUCUGCGCACCCUCGCCUGCCUGAAGCCCACCAUGAGCCUGGAGGAAGGCCUGCGCCGGGCCCUGCGGGAAUGGGAGGGCACGAGCAAUUUUGACCGCAUGAUCUACUACGACAUGGCUGCCAAGUUCAUGGAGUUUGAGGCUGAGGAAGAGAUGGAAGCGCAGAAGCUGCAGUGGAUGAAUGGAGUACAGGGACUGCCAACCACUGCUCCACCCAGGCCUGAGCCUCAGGGGGCUCCAGGCCCACCACUAGGCCAGCAGCGGGCCCCCAAAACCAAGGCCCCCAAGGAGAUCCCCCCUGAGACCGUGCAGAACAUGGAUAUCAUGGACGAGCAGCUAAAGGCCCCCGAUACAGUCUGUGGGGCGCCCCUUGGCCGAAGGGCAGCGGGCAGGAAGGAGCAGCAGGAGGAGGCCGGGACCUGCCCUGAGCCGGGGCUCCUGAGCUAUGUGUACGAGCUGUGCUCCCAGGAGGCCUUUGUCACCAAGGUCGAGGCAGUCAUUCACCCCAGCUUCCUGGCGCACCUACUCUCCCCAGAAUCCCAGCUGGAUCUCCUGGACCUGGCUGAGGAGCUCGAGGAGGAGGAAGGACUCACCCCCACACAGAUUGUGGAAAAGCGUCUACGGACUGUGCUGGACAAGGAGGUCCAGAAGAGUGGUCUGGCCACCACCCGAAACCAGGCAUUGCCAAAAACCUCCAGCAGUCCCAAUAGCGUCUAUGAGAACUUCCGGCGCUGGCAGAGCUUCAAGGCCCUGACCCGGCAGUACAUUCCUCAGACUCUGGACACUGAGGCCCUUUCCUGCUUCCUUAUCCCAGUGCUGCGCACCUUGGCCUGCCUGAAGCCCACCAUGGGCCUGGAGGAAGGCCUGCGCCGUGCCUUGCGGGAAUGGCAUGGCACGAGCAACUUUGACCGCAUAAUCUACUACGACGUGGCUGCCAAGUUCAUGGAGUUUGAGGCUGAGGAAGAAACGGAGGCACAGAAGCUGCAGUCGAAGAAUGGAGUGCAGGGCAAGCCACCCCCUGCCCCACCCAGGCCUGAGCCUCAGGGUGCUACAGGUCAACCACUAGGCCAGCAGCCAGAUACAGACCCUGUUCCCCAGCUAAUGGUCACAGGCCUGGGAAGGCCCUAG